UCAUCAUCCUUUCUUUGAAAAAAUACAAGCAGUAAGAAGUUGUAUGCAUUUCAUAGCAAGUUGUGACAGCAAGCGAAAAGACGUCAGUGCUUAUUUGCACAUUGAGUGGGUGGAGUUCUACAAAACUGCCGUAGAGAGUUUCUAAGUGUAGAAAGGAGUAACGUGGACUUCGUAAAGCAUGUACAGUAAUUAUUCAUGCCAAUUGAAACACCAAAGAGAUAAUGGAUGGAAUUUUACAAGCAAAGUUUUCAUUGUCCUUCUGUGUCAGUUAUGUGAAUCAAAUUGAUUUUGUAAGCUAGCUGGUGUUUCUAAUAAGGAUGCCAUAGUGUGUCUUUUGUAUACAUUUUUGCGUCAUUUCAUUGUUGGAAAGCUUAUACAGAAUUUGGUUUAUUAUGCUGGUCAGGUGUUUCGGGUUCAAUAAGGUUGCGGUGUGCCUAUAGCAAUUUGCCAACCUGCUGUGUCAAAAACAGCGACAGUUGCAAGGAAUUUGAUACCAGAGGCUGUGUAUCAUGGAUCAAAAAGAAAAAGACAAUAAUGACAAAGUGUUCACAACAUCGUCGAAACCACCCCCAUGUGGCAAACAGUCGAUGAAAAAAACGUACGAUUUUUUCAAAGGUUUCUCGGACCCGAUGGGGAAUUAUAUUGAGGAGUUGCUUAAACAGACUGGCGAUUCUGAUUACACACCUAACUUAAACAAAGACGCUUCACCUAGUAUGCGUAACCAAGGGAACUUUGAUGUCACUCCACAAGUACCAGGUCCAGGCAGUAACAACACCGUAAUAUGGGAAGAUUUUGGCAUUACUGACAGCCCGAUAAUGCCCGACGAACUUUCUGAAAUGAUAGGGAAACCCGUGGCAACCGUGACCGACCGUACCUCUUGGAUUGCAGGCACCAAAACUGCUUUUGGUAAAGAACCACUCGAAGAUAAAAUAAAUCAUAACGAAACGCUAAAGACUGAAAACAAUACAGCUUCAGCUUACUUUACAAAAUGUGAGUCCCAUCUUUCUUCACGGAACCUUUACAACGCCAACAUAGUGGCUCUGAAUCCUUCCCAAGUCACGACCAGAACGCAGACACUGCUUGUCUCUGAGGAGCAGGGCACCCCCAGCCACACAAUAUCGCUUUCUCCCGGCUUUGCACAAGGUUAUUCAGACAACAUUCACUGCCUGCCAGGCAUACACGUGGACACCUCUGUGGAGCAACUUUCCAAGAAAAGACAAGACGCCGACAGCUUGACUACAUACAGAGCUGAUGGGGCUCUCCAAGGCAGUUUGAUGGACUUUGCACAAGUGUUGCCUCAAGAAAUAGUGAUGUACAAAAUCAAGAGUGAGUUUUCAUCACCACCGAUGCCCUCCACGUCUUCAAAUCCCCACUUCUGGUUUCAAACGGGUGUCUUCGACCCGCAGCAAAAGCAAGUGGGCUACGCAACACCCUAUGAGAUUCACCGAGGCAACGGCAUGCUGCACAGUUACCCGCAUGCUUAUAUGGGGCCAGAUAGCAGAGGUACCCUUGGCUCUCCCUUCAUCUCCAGUGUGAUUCCCCAGCGGUUCUGCCUCAUUUGUGGAGAUGAGGCCUCUGGUUGUCACUAUGGUGUUCUCACCUGUGGAAGCUGCAAGGUGUUUUUUAAGAGAGCAGUAGAAGGUCAUCAAAACUAUUUGUGUGCUGGGAGAAACGACUGCAUUGUGGAUAAGAUUCGCAGGAAGAACUGCCCAGCCUGUCGUCUAAGAAAGUGCUACCAAGCUGGCAUGAUGCUUGGAGGUCGGAAGUUUAAGAAGUUUGGAAGCCUGAAGGUUGUUGGUGGAGUCCAGUCACCACUUCUGCACUCCCCACAGACAUUACCGAUUGAGAACCAGGCUGUGAUACCAGUGUCCUGUGUGCCUUCAGUGCGAGAGCUCCAGUACACUCCACAGAUACUCAGCAUUUUGGAGGGUAUUGAGCCUGAAAUAGUAUACGCAGGCUAUGACAGCUCACAACCAGAGGCCCCCAAUGUCCUGCUGACCAGCUUGAACAACCUCUGCGAGAAACAGCUGCGGGCCAUCGUCAAGUGGUCCAAAUUACUCCCAGGAUUCCGCUGCUUACACAUCAGUGACCAGAUGACUCUGAUUCAGUACUCCUGGAUGAGCAUGAUGGUGUUUGCAAUGGGAUGGAGAUCAUACCAAAACUUCAACAGUCAGAUACUAUACUUCGCCCCAGAUCUUGUCUUUAACGAAGAGAGAAUGAAACAGUCUCCGAUCUAUGACUUGUGUUUAACAAUGCAACAUAUCCCACAAGGAUUUGAAAAUCUACAAGUGACAAGGGAGGAGUUUCUUUGCAUGAAAGCAUUGCUACUCCUCAAUACAAUACCAUUGGAGGGUCUGAAAAGUCAAGACCAGUUUGAUGAAAUGAGACAGCACUACAUCAGAGAGCUCACCAAAGCCAUACAGCUGAAGGAGAAGGGAAUUAUUGAGAGCUCACAACGCUUUUACCACCUGACCAAACUGAUGGACUCCAUGCACGAAAUUGUGAAGAAGCUGCAUCUCUUCUGCCUCAAUAUCUUCGUCCAGUCGGAGUCUCUCAGUGUGGGGUUUCCUGAGAUGAUGUCUGAAGUAAUUGCAGCUCAGCUCCCAAAGAUCCUGGCCGGGAUGGUGAAAAAUUUACUCUUUCACAAAAAGUGAAUGAACCUGAGUGUUAGCGGCGGUUAGGAGGGUGUGUAUCGUUGAAGUAACUCUGUGACCUACCUGGCUAUUAUUUCUGAAUACAUAUGCCUUUUCUUUUUAAAUGAAACACUUAUUUAAAGUGCUAUGAACACUGUGUAGUGAUUACCCAGGAUAUGUGAAUAAGUAUUUAAUAGCAAUCCUGAUUUUGUAGAAAAAGUAUGUUAUAUUUAUUUACUAUACAGUUUUCUGUACCCUUUAUACAGCAUUCAGUACACAUUGCCUCUAAAAAAAACAUAAACCUGUUGCUUUGAGUUGGAUUUCACAACUAUUUAUGCAAAAAGGCAAUUUCCAAAGAUAAUUUCAGUUGUCAAAAGCUUACCAAAGUUGCUUGUUGCUAUUCUCCUUUCCCAAAAAAUAGUACUAAAUUGGCAUAAAGACCUUAAUAACUCACCUUAAUAAAUCACCUUAAUACGUUUUCUAAAUUAAAUGUUUUUGCCAAUACUUUAAUAUUUCUGGGGCCCUGAAGUUUUCUUAGAAUUCUUAUAUAAUUAUUAUUGUUGAAGUGAUUUAAACCCGCUAACAACUUUGGUUUGACUAUUCUCUUGAGGUUUGUUCAUUUUCAAAAGAUGAGAACUCACAGAAAAUUGAUUCCCUUACAUAUUUGGACAAGGACAGCCUGUUCCAGAUAAAAAGGAGCCCGUCCGUCUUAUUAUCCAGUCUCUCACACCUGGAUUUCAGACUGUGCAUAUAAACAACAGGAAGGAGCUCAAAGACCCAAAGCCUGGAUUUAAUAAGCAUUUUGGCUUUGCUUUAAAUGUACAACUUAGUCAUACACAUUUUUCAAAACAUUAAAAAAUAUAGUUUAUCUAUCUGUCCUCAGUGCUACAUUUCCCUAACAUAAAUUCAAAACACGAAAUAAUCUCCAGUAUUUUAGAAGAAACAUUUAAUUGAAAAUGCAAACUUGAAAACAAACUUUCUAAUGGCUUCAUUUCCCUGACCUUGAAUACCAUUCUCAUUUGUGUUGCAUGUACAGUAAAGUGUUAAAUAUUCAACUCUUUUUGAGUACAUAGUUUAUUUAAAAUAUUUAAGUAGAUACAUAUUUAAGAAAAAUAGGAAAAACCCCCAAAAAAGUCUUAUGUGAAGGUUACUUUUCUUAAAUGUUGCAUGUAAAUGUAAAGUUCAGAUUCUGUUAGAUUUGAACAGAAGUUUUUAUUUUUUUUUCACAAUUAAAGACAGCACUUUUCUACAGCUGGCCUGAUUCAAAACACAUGUCUCUCUGUGUUCAUGGCUUUCUGUACCCACUCAAAAUGGAAUAUUGGAUCCCGGUCAUUGCAUGCAUUCCAAUAUUAAUAUAAAAAGACGACAAACACAGACACCAGAAGAUAUAUACGAGUACAUCGCUUACCAGAACUAUCACCGGCAGAAAUGCCUGGUUGUCUGACGUCGAGAUAAAGAUGUUUCACAUGAAACGCUCCCUUCGUUUUAUAUACUAGCAAUGUUGACUAAGCCAUGAAGGUCUUAUGCAUGCUGACUUUGAUAAUAUCCAAAUACUUAUAACCCUUUUUUUCUGGAUACCCCCACACUUGUCCUGUGAUUGUUUGUAUAUAUUUUAUACAGCAUUUCUCUGAUGACACCCCCGACUAUGGUUAUACUGCUUAUUAUUUCACACAUUUCCGAUCCUUGAACCAGUAUUUUAGAUAGCCCCACUGGUACCUUCCUCUUUACCUUACUAUGCUGUGGCUGUUGGCUCUUUAGUAACAAAAUACUACAAGAUCUGAAAAACAUCUGGAGUUCUGUGAUAAUGUAUUGUGUUGUGAUUUUAAUUAUCCAAAUAUGUUUUUUUUUUUUUUUAACUGGAUAUUAUUUUAAAGACAUUGAAACAGACUUCUAGUCGAAAUGUUUUUCAUUGAAUUUAUUAGGUUUCUUUUAGUAGUUCUAAAAGUAAAUGUAAAUAGUAAAUACUAAUAGCAGGUGUAACACAACACUGUUGUCAAUCUUGUUAUUUUUUAUUUUGCUUUGCUGUAGAUGAUUUUUUUUUAAAUAAGUUGUGUUUGUGUUUAGCAGUUAGGUUUGAGAAAAUAAGGAUCAUUUUUUGUUUAUAUUGUUAUUUGUUACAUUUGUGUUAAUGUGGCCUUAAUUGGACUUGCCUAAAUCUAUACGGUGUGAUGUAUUUUUAUGAAGAUUUAAGAAGAUUGUAUUCUUUUAAAGGGUGUAUAUUAACCUACAAUCAUUCUUUCUUGUUUUUUUCACCUACAUAGUUUCAAGUUGUACAUUUUAUUUUCGAAGAUAUUUCAAAUACGAGGAAACAACUAUAAAUGAUCCACCUCUUACCUCAUUAAUGUAAUUCAGUGCUCUGGCAGCAAGAGUAAGGUGUGGCCCACUUUGUGUACAAAAUGUUGAGAAAAACAGAAAUGCUUGUAAAAGACCUUGCAUAAGUGAUGUCUGUGUAAAUAUGAUUACGUGUACGUGGUAAUAAAGUCAUGCAGGUGUUUUGCUAUUGA